UCGACGAGAAUGCUGUUUCUGGUGUACAUUUUCCUGGUGAUUGUCGGUUCCACCCUGGGCAACGACGAUGGGUGCAACGAAGUGGUGUGCGGCUCCGUGGUGUCCAAGUGCCUCAUCACCCAGAGCUGCCAGUGCAAGCUGAACGACUGCCACUGUUGCAAGGACUGCCUUAACUGCCUUGGGGAGCUUUACACGGAGUGCUGCGGCUGCCUGGAAAUGUGUCCCAAGCACAAGGACGCGCUGCCCUCGCUGACGCCCCGCUCCGAGAUCGGAGACAUUGACGGGCUGCCGGAGCUGUUCGACACCCUCACCGCCGAGGAGGACAGCCAGUGGUCCACCAUCCGUUUCCUGAUGCGUCCGGGCCUCAAGCAGCGCGUGCAGGGCGGAAGUGCCCCGGCCUCCCCGCCCGCCGGGGGCAACUCCUACUGCACCGUCGUGUAUGUGAACAGCUGCAUCCGGGCGAACAAGUGCCGGCAGCAGUGCGAGAGCAUGGGCGCCAGCGGCUACCGAUGGUUCCACGACGGCUGCUGCCAGUGUGUCGGGGAUCAGUGCCUUAACUACGGGAUCAACGAGAGUCGGUGCCGGUCGUGCCCGGAUGAACAGGAGCAGGACGACCUACUCACCGAGAAGCACGUCCCUAACGAAGCCGACCAGGACCUGGAGCAGUUGUUCGAUUUUGAUCCCGAGGAGCAGGACGAGGACACCUGGGCUUACGGCGAAAACGAGGAUAACUACCCGGGGGAGUACUCCCUAAAGAAAUUUUAGGAAUAUUUCACCUAGCUUCUAAGCAAAAUGAUUACAAUGUGAUUACAAACAUUUUUUCAAAUAUGUUUAAAAUUAAAAUUAAUUC